AUGACCUACAGAUAUACCACUGACCCCGAAAAUCCCUACUACAAAGAUGAGAGACGCAGGACUGUUUUUAUGCAUUUAGACCACACUCUAGCUGAAGCCCGGUAUUCAGUAUUUAACAUCAGUCUUUCACAAUAUUUCAUUUCAACACACAGAGAAGAUCUGAGGAGCGGAAACGAGCACGCUCUGGAGGAGACCCUCCAAAGACCUCUAAAAGGGUUACUGCUGGACGGGGCAAGCCCAGGGGGAGGCGUAGAGGCCAACGUCGUGCCUCAGCCAGGUAAAGAUAAUGUACACAGGUGUUUUUCUUUUUUGCCAGCGUGCAUUUUGCCCACUGUGAAGGUGCAAAGCUGCUCAUGUGAAGGCACAAACUUCACUGUAUCUCCAGGCAAACCAGUGAUUUUGAUCAUCAUUAAUGGGCGUUAUGACUUGCAUCAGCCACUAUAUGUCUGUCAAUCAUGUCAGCAGCAGUGGUCCCCCAAUUUAAAGGACCUCCUUAGGAGUGGAUAUUGGCCGGCGACUGUCAACACGUCCACACUGUACUCGUUGGACCUCCUUAGCUCCUUUCAGGAACUCAAGGUUAUCUCUCCGGGAUUCUCCAGACAGGCUUUUGCUAAGCUACUGGAGCAUCGCACAAAGUGUGGAGGAAGGACUGGACAUAUCAGUGGCGAUGCACUGCAACGUAACUUCUUAGAGUUCACAUAUGCUUCGUUUGAGGAAGACCAGCUCUGUUGUGGUGAACCAUUUACCUGCCUAGCCUGCACGCCAGAAAUGUUGGCUGUUGUAGCAGACGGGAACAGGAAGCUAUAUCGCUUUCGCCGAAGUGGAAGGUCUGAUGACCCUGGUUUUUUUGAGGGGCUCUUUGUGGCUAAAGACAGUGCAGUGUCUGAAUUUGUGGACACCAUACGGCGAUCAGUGAAAAAUACACAGGGAAGAGGCACAUGUGGGGACUCACAGUGGACAGCAUCAAACUGGAUGAAGAGGGGAUGGAAGUUGCAGUGUGUCGGCAUGGAUUCCUUCUGAAGGCUCUUAACAUGUACAGGGGGGAGAUAUUUGCUUACCCUCUGUAUCUCCAGAAACAGCUCAUGCCAGCCAAGGCACAGUUCUUCGCCAUGGAUGUGGCCUGCAAGUACUGGCCAUACCUGGAGAAAGCUGCCAGUGU